CUUAGAUAUCCACCGCUCUUUUACAAAUCUUCGGCACCACAGCGAUGACCGACCUCGUCGUCCGAGCGAGCGGUUCUUGCCCCGGGAAUACGCUGUGGUAUGUCUGUGCCAAGGGAGGGUAUAGAGGGUGUUGCUCGGUCGAUCCAUGCACGGUGGGAUUCUGCGCGGAAGAUAGCAGCAGCGCCAGUGCCAGCGCCACCGAGAGUACUGCCGUUGCUAGCGCAAGCAGCAGCACAACCUCGACAACCUCGACCACCACAGCCGCCGAAGUCAAGACCUCCACAUCAACAUCCACAUCCAGCACAUCAACCCAGUCCCCAAGCACAACCGCAACCACCACCAGAACCCAAACCCCCAACCGCAACCCCAUAAACGGGAAACCCAUAAUAGCAAGCCUAACCGGCGGCAUCCUCGCCCUCCUCCUCCUCGCCGCCUUCAUCGCGUACUCGAUCCACCGCUCCCGGAAACGCCGACGCGGACAAUUCAAGCUCCUGCAUUGGCGCCGUCGGGGGAGCUUUAGGGGAAGUAGUAAGGGAUCUCUUACAACGAAAGAAUGUCUUGGGGAUGAUGAGACUGGUACGGAGACGAAAGAGAUGGUAGAUGAUUGUCGGGGCUGGGGUGGUCGGUCUUUUUUGGGUGGUGCGAGUGGUAUGCGUUCAGCUCAGGCUGUGGAUAUGGGUAGGGAUGUGGAUAUGGGUAUGGGUAUGGAUAUGGGUGCGGUUGAAGGUACAGCUACAGGCACAGCGACAGCCUUACCUGUUACAGGUAUAGCUACACCUACGCCUGCACCGACGGCAGCAAUAACCCCACCCCGCCGCCCGCCCGCGCACGAGGUCUCCCCGCUCAACGAACGAGAUCGACUCCUCGUUGCGCGGCUGUUUCAACAUGAUGAAGCCGGCAGGGUGGACGUCGGCGUGAGCCCGCUUGGCUCGUCUGCGGAUUCGAGUCCGGCGGUUUCGCCGCCUAGGGGGACUUUGCGGGUGAAGUUGAGGAACGAGAGGGAGAGGGAGGGGGAGAGGGCUUCUCUUGCUGGGGUUCGAAUGGAGACUCUGACUUCUAGGGCUCAAGGCAUGGAGACAGCGGAAUUGUCCGAUACAGGGUUCUAUCGGCAGAGGGCGGAGUUACCUGCUCGGAGUGAGCGCGAGUUAAUCAAUGUUCCGGGGAGGAGGAGGAGGGGGUUAGUAUUUGAAGAAGAAGUACGGACUGGAGAGGAGAAUGAGACGAAGAGGAUUGUCACUGCUGAUGGGGCGGUGAUGGUUGCUAGUAUUCAGACGGUCGGCGGGGAUGAGGUUUUUGGGUGAUCUGCAUCUUCUGGUGUCUGGGCUUGGUAUUUUCAUGGCUAUUGGUGUUAGGAUGUUGUUUGAUCGUUUAGCAUGCUG